AUGGUUAGGGCACCGGUGGACCGCAUUGAGGGGCAGAUUUCAGGAGUUGAUAUUGGGGAUAGAGAUGUAUCGAGACCCGGACGAGAGUUAUAUGAGAUGGAGCAGCUGCGUAAGACAAAUCCCCUAGAGUUUUCUGGAGAGGGGGAGGGAUUUGAAGCUGGGGAGUGGUUGCGUCAGAUGAGCAGGCGAUUGGAGACUUUAGCUAUACCGGGCAAUAGGAGGAUGAUGUUGAUCUCAUAUUAUUUGGGGGGGGCGGAUAAGGCCAAACAGUAUCUUGAUUUAGUGCAGACACCCGAGAUGACAGUGUCACAAUAUACCAAGAAGUAUGAGGAGUUGUACAAGUAUGGGAAGAAGUAUGCUCCAAAUGAUGAGAGUAAAGUUAAGAAAUACCGAGAUGGUCUACUUCCGAGCAUUGGCAGAAUGGUGAUUGCUUCUAGGGUGCGAACUUAUGAUGAGACGGUGGAUAUGGCACUAGAGUUAGAGCGAGGAAAGCGCAACUUCCGCCAAUAUUGGGAUGUGCAGAAGGGUCGCAAAGCUUCAACAAUUAGUGGUAGUGGAAGAGGUAGUCAGAAGAAACCAAGGACUGAGUUUCAGGGCUUAAGGGGCCAGAAGGUUGAUCAAGGCAAAGGUUCGGGGCCAAGGGAUGGUAAGAUUGUGUGUUUCAAGUGCGGCAAAGAGGGCCAUAAGAAGAGUCAGUGCCCUAUCAUGGGAGUCAGGUGUUAUGGGUGUGGUAUGGUUGCGCAUAGGAAAUAUGAGUGCCCACGAGGUGGCAGAGCUUCAGAGCAGUCACAGGCACCAGGUUUGCCACCACCAGCUCCUACUCCAGCUCUUCCUUCUACUGUUCCGUCAGGAGGAAGGGGGCGGGGUGGGGCUAAGCGGCAGACAGCAUUGACUCAUGGAAGAACAUAUGCAUUAGGACACCAUGAAGCAUCUAAGCAUCCUAACUUCAUUGGAGUUAUUGAUUGUGUGUGCCGGUUUGGUAGUGUAGCUCUAAAGGCUGAUUUGUAUGUCCUAGACUUCAAGGAUUUUGAUGUAAUCCUUGGAGUAGAUUGGUUAACCAAGCAUCAUGCAUUGAUGGACUUUUGGGAAAGGAAAGUCACUCUUAAUGUACCAGAAGGAAGGGUGAUACAGUUACACGGGUCGAAGGGUGUUCCAUGUCCUCACUUCAUGGACAACCCUUCAUAUCAAAAUUGUAGGAUCACGAGUUUGAUUACGUCGGCACCUAGGAGCGAUGUAGCUACUCCGACCCGUGUGGUAGAGGAGUACAUGGAUGUAUUUCCAGAUGAAUUACCCGGAUUAUCACCGAAGAGGGAGAUUGAUUUUACUAUUGAAUUGCAUCCAAAUGUUAAGCCAAUUUCGAUUCCACCAUAUCGAAUGGCUCCGGCCGAAUUGAAGGAGUUAAUGACUCAGUUGGAAGAGUUGCAAGACUUGGGUUUAUUAGACCAAGUUACGGUAAAGAACAAGUAUCCGCGGCCACAGAUAAAUGAUUUGUUUGAUCAAUUGAGAAGUGCUAAGCAUUUCUCUAAGAUUGAUUUACAUUAG